AUGAUUCGCCAUUCAUGUCUCUGCGGAAGAAGUCGCCAAUUCUUCCUUUCACACUCUGUUUUCUCAUGCCAUUCAAUGACAACCACAAUCCAAUUCCCUUCCACUUCUUCUUCUUCAUCUUCGACAAUUCAAACCUCUGCGGCGCAUCCUAAACUCAGGCAUAAAGACUGGCUCUCUCCACAAGAAGUGUUCAAAAUCUUCGAAUCCAUAACCGACCCAGUUUCCCUAACUUCCUCCUGGAACCAAUACUGUCUCCGCCGAGACUUCAAACCCAACGAGCUCCUUCUCACCCUCCUAGUCACCAACCUCGCUCACACCAAAAACUUUGACGCAAUUGAAUCCCUAAUGGAGUCCAUAAAGCUUCACAGACUCCCUCUCGCCAACCCCUUGUCCGACGACUUCUACUUCAAUGUCAUCAAGAUAUACGGCCAUUCCGCCGGAAGGAUCAGGAAGGCCAUGGAGACCCUGCUCGACAUGCCUCAACGGUUCAACUGCUGGCCAAAGGUCAGGACUUUCAAUCUUGUUCUUAACUUGCUUGUCUCCGCCAAGAUCUUCGAUGUUGCCCGAGAGGUGUACUUGAGUGCCCCGAUGCUGGGUGUUGAAAUCGAUGCUUGCUGCCUCAACAUUCUCAUCAAAGGGAUGUGUGAGAAUGGGGAUCUGGAAGGUGCACGCCAGGUGCUCGACGAAUUUCCUCAGCAGAGGUGCCAACCUAAUGCGAGGACUUUUGCGACGCUGAUGCACUGCUUGUGUGAAAAAGGAAAGGUGGAUGAGGCGUUUGAAUUGCUUGGGAGGAUGGAGAAGGAGGGCGUGGAUGCCGAUACAGUGACGUUCAAUGUUUUGAUCUCGGGCCUGAGAAAGCAGGGGAGGGUCGAGAAAGGAAUGGAAGUUUUAGAGAGCAUGAAAAGGAAAGGAUGCGAGCCCAAUGAGGCGUCAUAUCAAGAGGUUUUGUAUGGUUUGCUCGAUGUCGGGAGGUUUCAGGAGGCAAGAGAGUUUAUGAGUAGGAUGGUUUGUCUUGGAUUCAACCCGAGUUUUGUGUCGUAUAAGAAGUUGAUUCAUGGGAUUUGCAGAGAAAAGUUGAUUGGUGAGGAUUUGGACUGGGUUUUGAAGCAAAUGUUGAGGCAGGGAUUUGUGCCCAAAAUGGGAAUGUGGAGGCAGAUGGUUCAGACGGUGUUUUCUGCUGGGAAUAGCAUUUCCACAUCGCAGAAUUCAUUUGUUGAAAUUCUUGGCAGCUAG